GCCAGUGUUAUCAACAUGUUCAACAUUAGUUUACUGUUUGCGUUAACAUUCAGCAUUGGUAUACAAUGUGCUUCAAGCUUAGAUACAUCAGAUGUAAUCAAGGAUGGGUUUGCAUUCGAAAUGAUCAUGACAAAGUUUAACGUGCUCGAAGAUCGCCUCCUUCAGAUAGCAAAUCAAUCAGAAAAAAGAAUCGUGUACAAAUUCUGCAGUGCUGUUCCAUCGUCCGGCGUGUACGAAAUUCAACCCGAAAAGCCCUUCAAGCAACCGAUAACUGUGUUGUGCGAUCAAGAGUACGAGUCCGGAGGAUGGAUUGUGAUACAACAUCGGUUUGAUGGAUCGACAAACUUUUAUCGUAAUUGGAAGGAAUAUAAGAACGGAUUCGGCAAUCUGGAGGGAGAGUUUUGGUUGGGGCUGGAUCGCAUUUAUCAUCUAACGGUGUCGAUUCCACACGAGCUGAUAGUACUGUUGGAAGAUUUCGAAGGCAACAAAACGAUUGCAAAGUACGAUCUGUUCGAAAUUGGCCACGAGGACCAGAAGUAUGUUGUGACGAAGAUAGGUGCAUACUCUGGCACGGCGGGCGAUUCCUUCAGUGGCACUAAAAAUAUGAAGUUUUCAACGUUUGAUGCGGAUAAUGACACGUGGGAAAAUCAGUGCGCAGUUACAUUUGCUGGAGCAUGGUGGUACAGUAACUGCCAUUCAAGCAAUCUGAAUGGAAAAUAUCUGCGAGGAGAAACGAAAGAAUAUGCGACUGCGAUGGAAUGGUCCACUUUUCGAGGGCAUCACUACGCACUGAAAACGUCGAAAAUGAUGAUAAGACCAAAAGGGCAUAGUAAAUUACCGGUUUAA